AUGCAGGGCGAUGAUGAAAUUGUCGUCCAGGCCUAUGCCAAGCUGCUUCACGCCAAGGUUCCAGGCAAAGUCGCGAGGUCCUUGGUCGUGAUGGAUGUCGACAAGGAAGUGGGCUUCCUGAACUUUUUGGAGUACCUCAUGUACAAGAUCGAGAAUGAUAUGGACAUCGACCCCGAGCGCUGGCCGGAGGCGACGAAGCACAUGAAGAUGAAGGAGCACGGGUACAUCCGCUUGUUGCUCAACGAUGCUUCAUUGAUCGCUCUCCAAGCAAACCCAGGCCCCUUGAGCGGAAUGACGAAGCCUCAACUACUUUCGGAAGCAGUGCGGGUGGGGCUUAAGGUACACCAGUCCUGGAGCGACCAGGAGUUGCGGGCGAGGAUCAUGGAGCACGUGGACGCUACAUUUUUUUGA